AUUGCCUUUAUUAAUUAUUGGAUAUCAGAGAUCAGCAGAAGGAACUACAAGAGCGAUCUUAUAAUGCCGGCUGAGGAUGAAAACCUGGACCUGCUGCUCACUCUGUUUGAAGAAAGUCAGGGUCAGAAUCCGGAGACCUCUGCUCCCUGUGAAGAUGACAACUUAGAUGAUCUGUUUGAUGAUGACAAUGAUGAAGAUGGUGAAGGUUAUGCCGAGCCAGAGGACGAAGAAGAGAAAGAUGUGGCUUUGCCAAGUUCAAGCAAAGGCAAAGAAAAUGAACUUGACAAAUCCAAAGAGGACCUGGAGGCUGAGCUAAGGAGCAUGCAGGAGAAGAUGCAAAAGCUCCAGUGGCAGCUGAAGGAGUCUAACAAAGGAGUGGAUGUCUCUCUGCCCAAUAAUACAAAAGAAAACACAUCCUCACAGAAGCAGUCAAGAAGUAAAAGCUCAUCACCAGCUCAGAAGACCUCCAGGCCUUUGAGUUCCCCAACACAGAACAACAGAAUUGCUGAAGCAACUCAAAACAGCAUGCAGAGCGGUACUUUAGUAUCUUCUCCUCCUGCAGCUCAGCCCAGUGUGAAACUACCGAACAAGCCGAGGACUGCCCACCAGGCCAAAGCAGCCUCCAUGGAAAAGCUGAAUCCACUGGGUCAGAGCAUGAGUAACAAAUUGUCUCAACCAGUAAGAAGCAGCGGUGAAGCUAACAACUCGAAGAACUCGCCCUCAGCAAGCAAAAGUGCUGGUGUUAUUCCUCCAGUCUCGAGGCAGGCCAUGCCUCGUCCAUCUUCCACUCAAGAUGUGACAGUGGAAAAGUUCUCUGGUCUCAGACUGAGGAGGCCUCGUCUGUCCUCAGUGGAACUCGAACACAAAAUGGCAAGCCGCGAAAUGAUUCGCCUCUCGCAGCUGCCUGAUCGACUGUCCAGGGAAAGUCUGGAAGACAGUGAUUGGGUGACCUUUGCUGUGCUGGUCAAUAAAAUAACACCACAGAGCAAAAAAAAUGGGAAAACCUUCAGUAUCUGGAAGCUGAAUGACCUUCACAACCUGGACAUUUACGUAUCGCUGUUCCUCUUUGGGACGGUUCACACAGACCUGUGGAAGACCGAGACUGGGACUGUGAUUGGUAUUCUCAACCCCACUCAGAUGAAAAACAAAGAUGGCUCCAGUGAGCUUUGUCUCACAGUGGACCAUCCACAAAAGGUUCUUAUGAUGGGGGAAGCCAUGGAUUUUGGUACAUGCAAGGCCAAAAAGAAGAACGGAGAUUCCUGCACACAACUAGUAAACAUGUAUACAUGCCAGUACUGCCAGUACCAUGUCAAGGCUCAGUACAAGAAGAUGAGCUCUAAAAGGGCAGAGCUUCAAUCCAGUUUUACAGGAAGUGCUCCUGGUAAAAAAAAGGGCCAGGGUGGAAGUUUAAGGGAACGCUUGUGCCAGAGUGAUUUCCACUAUGGAGGAAUGUCUUCACUUGCUUGUGCGCCGUCAGCAACGACCCCGCAACCGAAGAAGCAGCCCUCAAUUCAGUCAGCUUUAGCUUCCAUUCCCUCCAAAAAGCUUGUUAUUAACUCAGGCCAGGUAACUGGGUGCUCUGAUGACUUUAAAAGCCUGAUGACGAUGCCUACACCAGGAGCACUUCAUAUAAAGAGACAUUUAGGACAGUCCAAAGCCAGUGAAGCUUGCGCAUCAUCAAUUCAGUCCAUCUCUGCCUCAGAUCUUCUCAAACAACAGAAAUCACUACACCAACAGCGGAUCCAGUCUAGGCAAAAGAGGGUAGAGGAGAUCCAGAAGAGGGUGCAACAAAACAGCAGAAGCACUCUGGUUCCAUCUAGACCUUCUACAAACCAGCCAGCUCUUCUCUCACCAAAAGCAGCUUCAGUAGUUCCAAACAGCUCCUCUCCAUCUUUAUCUCGUCGCUCUAGGCCUCCUGUACCCAGCUUGGGAAGAGGAUUUGCUGAAGGAGAUGAUAUUCUGUUGGACAUGUCCCCACAUCUUCCUUCGAAAAGCCUGUCAGCUGCAAAGCUGGCUGCAGUAAGAAAGCUCCAGGCUAAAGGAGUGUCCAUUGUUAAAGACGACCCAAACUCUGUCAAACGCAAGCGGCCCAACAGCGGUGACAUCGCAUCCCGAGUGGAGCGAAACCUCGUCUCACCCGAAGGUGAGAAGAAUGCCGAGGAGGAGGAAGAGGAGCCAGCUCAGAAGAGGAGACGGGAACAGCUGGAAUAUAUCCAGUCAGAGGAAUUUCAGCGCAUUCUGAAUGGAAAGUCUGCAAACUCCUGGCUUAUGGGAGAGAUGGAAGAGAAGGCCAUGCAGGACUACUUUGAGCCACUGGUGCAGAAAGAAAAGCUGGAAGAGAAGAUGAAGAGUAUCAGAGAGAUGAAGUGUCGAGCAGUCACUUGUAAAACUUGUAAGUACACUCACUUUAAACUGGCUGAUCGUUGUGUGAAUGAGAAACAUGACUACCUGUGGCACGACGCCACGAAACGCUUCUUCAAAUGCCCCUGCGGCCAACGGAAGAUCUGCCUAAGCCGACUCCCAAAUGCAGCCUGCAGCAACUGUGGUUUGUUCAAAUGGGAGAGAGACGGCAUGUUAAAGGAAAAAACUGGGCCGAAGAUCGGUGGAGAACUUCUGCUGACACGUGGUGAAGAACAACCCAAAUUCCUCAACAGCAUGAAAUAAUGCCAGCUGUCCUCCUCUGCUACCCAGCUUAAAAUGCCAGUGCCUCGGAUUUUAAACGAGGACUUUUCUGAUUGCAGUCUGAUUAAAUUGCAUGAUGGGCUUACUCAGACAUGGUCGGUGCUGCUGGUUACUGCAGGUGAUUAAUAGACUUCCAGCUCAGUCCAGGAGGCCAGAACACUUACUGUGAUGAAACUGGUUUGUUUUACUACUUCAUAGUUGGCUUGUACCAACUAUUUGUCUGUAUCUCUUUUGUUUGUGUCUGUAUGUUUUGUUUUUAAAUGUGAUUUUAACAUGUUUUUAUUUUACUUGACAUGGGUGGGGGUAAAGUACCUAAAU